AUGGCGAAGAAUCAAGAGCCUAGUAGUUCAACUCAGCCGUUCAUCACUGAUGUUUCUGACGAAGAUGGACCCAAAUCAAGCCCCCAGAUUAACGAGUCAAAUAUCUUGCAAGGGCGCCAGAUCGGCGUCUUUGGUGCUAUUUCGCUGAUUGUCAACAAAAUUGUUGGAGCCGGAAUAUUUUCCACCCCUUCUUCUAUCUUCAGACUGAGUGGCAGUCCCGGGAUGUCCCUCAUCCUUUGGGUGAUCGCAGGUGCAAUAUCAACAUGCGGGGCAAUGGUCAUGCUAGAAUUCGGCACUAUUAUCCCUAGAUCGGGAGGCAUGAAAGUUUACCUUGAACGAUCGUUCUCGCCAAAACUAUUAAUUACAUGCAUCUACCUAUUUUACUGCGUCUUCCUACAGGUAUCAUCAGGUAACGCCAUAACUUGCGCGUCAUAUCUUCUCAAAGCUGCUGGCGUUGAGUCAACAACAUGGAAGCUUCGAGGCUUAGCAGUUGCCGCUGUUUCCUUUGCAGUGUGUAUUCAUAUCGUUGCCCCGCGUGUUGGUCGAGGCUUGCAAGAUAUGAUGAGUGCAAUGAAGCUAUUUAUCCUUCUUUUCAUUGUUUGCACUGGUUUUGCAGCACUCGGGGGCCAUCUCAACGUCCCAAAUCCGCAUAAUUUUGAUUUGUCUACAUCUUUCCAGGGAACAUCAAAGAACGGUUAUAACAUUGGCAUGGCAUUGCUGGAUGCGAUCUUUUCGUUUCAGGGAUACGAUAAUAUGAACAUGGUUCUUUCCGAGGUCAAAAACCCACAAAGGACUCUUCGGAUUGCGCUACCUACAGCUAUGGGUAGCAUUACAGUUCUCUAUGUUCUAGCAAACAUCGCUUAUUUCGCCGGUGUAUCAAGAGAGGAGUUUAGGGAUUCCGAUCUCACCAUUGCCGCAUCUCUCUUCAACAACGUCUUCGGCGAGUCGGCUGGCGCAAAAGCUCUUCCGGCGAUGGUUGCAAUAUCCGCCAUAGGUCAUCUUCUAGGAGUCGCUUUCACUGUUCCACGAGUGAUCCAAGAACUAGCGAAAGAUGGCAUUAUGCCAUUCCCAGAUAUCAUCAUGCAAAAUCGACCUUUCCGAACACCUAUCUGGUGUCUAUUAAUCCAUCUGGCCAUGACAACCCUCUUCAUCUGUGCCCCUCCCGCAGGUGACGCAUUUGAAUUUGUUGUCAGUCUCAAUUCAUAUCCGACAGUGUUACUUCUCACUGCUGUCACUAUCGGAUUGAUUAAAUUGCGGGUGUCAAAAGACGAGGUUUCGCCGUCUGGUUUUACCGUUCCGUGGGCUGUUCUUGCUUUCUAUCUAGCUGGAAGUAUUUUUCUUCUAGUCAUGCCUUUUGUCCCACCGCCAAAUGGCAAAGGAAAUACCAGUCUCCCCUAUUGGCUAUCUCCGGUAGUUGCCCUGGCCAUUCUCGCGCUAGGCAUAAUCUACUAUUGA